AUGUUUUUCGAUACGAGUCAUGCGAUUUGGAUCUUUGUUUUGCAUCUGGUGGUUAUUCGAUGUCAACUUCCCAAACUUCAGCCUGGCGAUUUAGCUCCAUCGUUUGCGUUACAAACACUCAAUGGGAGAAUAGUUUACAGGAAAGGCAAUUCAACUUCUAGAACGCCAACACAUCCAGUUAUAUUUCAUUUAUUUACGAGACGUUCGGCAUUUUUAGAAGCCUUGUGGAACAAUGACACAUCGCUGGAGGAGUUCCUUGAGCUGUCCCCUGGCAAUACUCAUUACGUUUUCAUGUCAAGCGCAGAUUCUAGGUCCAUGUACGAUAUUUUAUGGAUGAGAACUCGGCUUCAUAGAGCCAUCGAGAAAUAUUAUAUAAGGUAAGUCAUACUAAGUUGAACAUCAAAAGACAGUGGUUUUCUUGUAGUCACUCUGUAGUGCAGGGCCCACUGGAUUUCCUCGCAUUUUUGUAAGAAUUCUUUUUUAAGACCUUACAAAGAUAAAAUGUGGAGGGCAAACUCGCUAUCAAAUAAAGCCACUAUGCAUCUCAAAGGAGUUUGAUAAUAAUAAAAAUACAUGUAUAAAUCUUGCUGCUAUAUGGAUGGGGAUGACCUCUCCCCAUAAGCUAGGGGGAGGGACACCCCUGCAAAAAGAGAGGGCGUGGCUCAAGAAGCUUUUUAAGAAGGUACAUGAUGUGGUAAUUUUAACUGUUGUGAAGACACAGUCAUCAAGUGUUUUUCGUUUUGUUUUGUCAGUCAACACUCUAAAAUUUGUUUUUUCAUGGAUACCCUAAGUGAUACCAAAAUGAGCUUUUUAGACCCCUAAAUGAGAUGAGAGCUUCCCCUCUCAUUUCAAAUAGGAGUUUCCCCACCAGAAACAAAACAAAUUCUUGUCUAUCAACAGCCAAUAGGCUGCCAACACUCACUCAGUGCAUGGGUAAAUGGAUAUUUUAGUUAUCUACACAUAUCAAAACACUACAUACCUAGAGAUUAAAAUUAUGCAGCUGUUUGAGGUCCUGACAUGAUUUAUAUUAAGCCUGUGCCAGGCUCUCAGAUAGUAUAGAAGGGACAUAAAUAAAACAGGCAAAGGGAAAAAAAGUCCACUGCCCUGUCUCUCCCCAACCCCUGUGCAUUUUUCACAUCACUUUUUACUGAACAACUGCACAACUAUCUUGGAGCCAACAGGCUAGACAUACAGUACUAUGCCAUAAACCAGCGUUUCAAGCUCUAAAAUGCUCUAUUUAAAUAAUAUAGCUGUUAAAAGCUACUGGCAGUAAGGCUUACAUAUUUUCAAGUGUUCAAGAGAGCUGAGGGGCUUUUUGAAUACAGUUAGAGUGGAAGGUGUUGGGGAGCUCUUUUUCUCCAGAGGAAACACAAAAUGUCACUUAGAGAAAACAGUAACAAAACUCCCUUUAUAUAAAAGAAUCUCAAUUUGUAUUCCUGGCUAUAUAACUCUAUGUAUCACACUUUAAAUUUUUACUUAAAAUCUAUUAAUAAUUUCUUAAAUUAAUAAUAUAUUGUGCUUUUAUAGGAAGAUAAACCAGUUAAAACAUAGGUUUAAGAAAUCCUGUCAGCAACAAUUCUCAAGCAGUGCACAUCAUUUUUUACAUGCACAUCACCAUGCUGAAAAUGUGGAGAAAGAACCAUUUGAAAAAUUAUCUGUACUGAAACAACACCAUAGCACUUUAAAAACUACUGCCUGUAACAAGAGCUGGACACAGUCAUGGAAGGAUCGUCUGCAUUUUACUAGCCUACCAGUGUAUGAAUUUGGAAAUUGGAUUCCUUAUGCAUCAAUGCACUGGCCUUGUUUUGGUUCGGGUUGUGCUCUUGCUCAAGUUAUAUUCAAGUCAAGGGAAGGUAUCAAAGUUAUAUUUUUCUCAAUUAUUGUGUUUGUUUAGGAAUACUGUGGUCUCUCAAUUGCACUGUAAAAUGUACCUAGUGUUUUAUUUUUAACUUGGUUUUAGGGGCUUGGCAUUUGUGUUGGACACCCCAGUUUAUUCUGAUAGAGACUGCUUUGUUUGAAAUAAAGAGGGUGUUUAUUGACAGCCCUGUCAGUAAUUUGCCCUUUUACUGCAUGUCAGUGAUGUAAUAAUAUAUGUGCUCUGAAUCCAGAACAAAGUACACUUUUGGAAAUAUGGGUAAAUUCCCAUCCAAAGCAGAAAGAAAUAAAACUACUAUUUUAUCUUGGAGACUUGGUGACCCCUACAAGAGAGUGGGAGAUUAGUGCUGUAUCCUGGAGAUUCCCACAUGUUCUGGGAGCUGAGUGGCAUAUAUGGUUUAUUAUAGAUGUACCACAAAUGAUUUGUCUGAGGGAUUUAUUUAUGGCCACCUGUUAUACACUUUCGCCCAGCUUAAUUGGUAGUUAAUUAUUGAGUAUUACCUUUUUUUUCAAAAAAUAUUUUAUCUGAUAUCUAACAUCUCAUUUCACCCUUACCUGAGCUGGUCAUUUUGUUUCCUUUAAGGAUUUUAAUCAGUUGCUGCUCACUUACUUCACUAGCUCUACUUUAGCGGCAUCUGCUUGUAGCAUUCCGGCUGUCACAGGGAGGUGAAGUUAUCAAUCAGCCAUCUCCUUCAUCCGUUACCUUGAGCUUUGAAGUCCAUUCCAUGUCACUGCUUUACCAGAGCCCAUUAUAAGCCAAAUGUUUGGGGCUGACCCUGCCAGGUUUUGGUUUUUUGCAAUCCCAGCAUCAUCAGAGCUCAAUAAACUCUUGAAUUCCAGCUUGUCCUUUGGGCAAGCGGCUCUCACAUUUUGCUUGCGCAGGGCCAUUUCUUACCCAUCUUAGUUAAUGAUUUUGUUGGAGGAUGAGUUGUUUCAACCCUUGUCCAUUGGGCACGUCAGCUUUCAAAGUUACUUACCCAGCAAGAAAAUCCACUUGUCCCAUCAGGCCAGUCUACCCAACAGGACUUUUUUCGAGCUCUUAGCCUGGAUAAGGGGUUGAACUUUGGAGGCUGCUGCUGCAACAUUAUUAUAAACGCAUCUUUCAUUCCUGGUGCAUAAACAACCAACUCCUGCUUGCAAUUACCAUUACUUACAUGUACAUAAAACUUUUUAAAGUGUGGAUAUACUGUGUUUAAUGUAAAUAUGCGCCUAUGUAUUUUCCCGUUCAAUGUAUCUUCUCUUUGUACCUACAUAGUUCAGAUAAAAAUCCUUUGUUGUUUUCUACAUAGGUGAGGUGGUAUUGGUGGCAAAAAGACUAGAUGCAAGAUAUGACUGGCUGCCAUCGCCACACAAUUUAAUUCACAGACAUUCCCACUUCAUCGUUAGUUACUAUGGAAAUGCUUGCAACCUUAAGCCUGAGUGGAGAGUAGCUAAAAAACAUCUUGAUAAUGACAAGAAACAGAAGAAGAAAACAAGUGAAGGAAGAAUUGCACUUGUGUCUCCUGGUGAUUGCUCUUUAUUUACCAAGGUGAUUACCUUCCCAGCCUGCCAGGGAGGGGGCUUCUUCCAUAUAUUGGCUUUUAAUAUCCCAGCAACAUAUUAACCCUUUGUUUUGGACUGUGCCAGAGACCUCUGUUAUAUUUUCUGGAAAAUUAUAGCAACUCUAGGUUUUGGGUAAGGAUUUAGGGAGUUUAUCAAGUUUAUGUACUGGGUUAGCAAAAUUCUGCUGAACUAGGUUCUUAGCAUGCUCCAGGCUCAUUUUGUACGUGUCAGUACACACGAGGGAGCGUUUUCAAGUUCGCUCAAUUUACCCCGGGAGCUUGCUCCCAAAUAUUUAACCUGUUAAAUAUUGUGGAGCAUUUUGUGGGGUGGAAAUUCUGCUCCCGAAGAUGAAGUAUACCCUUGAAAUCGUUGGCACACACAGAGGGGCUUUGCUCCCGGUGCAUGCCCCUGGAGCAUGCUCCGGGAGCAAAAUCCCUCGUGUACAUCGGUCUUAAGGGAUCCAGGGUUCCAGUGGCACAUCUCCAAAUUCUGAGGUUGGGUUAUGCUGAUGACAAAUUCUAGGCUUGCUAUCGAUUAGUAACAAAUUUACUGACUUUUUAUCUCAUUAGAUUCACCACAUGAGCCAGGCUGGAGUUCAUUCAAUUCUCCUGUACCCUGAAGCUAAUGAACCAAUCAAGGAACUGACCUGUAACAGUCCACAGUGCUUCAUUCCACUUCAUAUAUCAGCUUCAAUGAUUUCACACAAAGAUGGCUGUCAUAUAAGAAAGCUUUUGGAUGCUAAGAUGAAGCUCUUUGUUUCCUACCAAUUUACUCCUCAAGAGAAUUUUUUCCUGGCUAUCGAUGGCCAGGGUAAACUUUCGGAAGUGGGCUUGUUUCUAUUUCCAUCUUUGAAGUUUUUGGCUUAUGAGGCAAAAUGGUGAGUAUUGGUACUGUAGAAAUAACGUAAGAUAGGAUUAUUGAAUACAACUCUUGCCAGGCUUUCAGAUAGUAGGAACAUCACAAAAACAUGAUAGGUGAAAAUAAGCAGUUUCUUAUGUGCAACAUAGUGCACCUCUGCACUGCACAACAGGCAGUUGUAUGUUGAAUACAGUCAAAGCUCCCAUAGUGAAACCUUGACUAACCUGCCUACUGAACAAUUUUUCUUUGUCAUUUUACUUUGUCAGCUUCACUGGGCACAGACGACCCAAGUGGAAGUGGGCAGGGAUGGGACACCUAACUUCCAUACAAGUUACCCUCCCCUCCCUACCCAUGCCCACAAGCCAUGACAUGCCUGAAGACACUAAUACCGGGGGUGGUCUCUCCAUGAGUUUGUUUUGCCCCUAGGAAUCCAGGAUGGAGUUGAACUCGGGCCAGCCACUCAGUAGCCUUGACCACAGACAUAAAAUCCGUCUGUGAAACAGCACCGAAAUCCUUGUUCUCGGCCUCCACCUGUGUACUAGGCCCCCAGUUGCAGGUAGCGCCAUCCGGUGGAUCAAUCUCUAUCCAGGGGAUAACACAAUUAGUUUCCCAAAUACUUAUCCGCUGGUUAGGGAUUUAUCCGUUGGAUAGCACUAUCCUUCAUUUGACUAACUGGAGCCAGGAUUUGAAUAUGCGUACAAUUAGCCAGCUGAGAUUGAAGGGUA